AAUCCUCACUAGCUUCCCCGGAACUAUCAGCACGGUGGCCUUGUUUCCCUGCAGUGGGACGGCGGAACCGGAAGUGUUUGAACUGUUCUACCACGUGUGUACAGGAGGAGCAGCCGGGGGAGAGCAGAGCGCAGCAUGGGGAAGAAGACUAAGAACCAGAAGAAACUCAAAGCGAACGCCGUUCACAAUGCCGAGGAGGACUACACCGGCGUCCCGCACUCCUUCGUCUUCCAUCGCGGGCAGAUCGGGAAGAACGUGCAGCAGCUGAUCCAGGAUGUGAGGAGAGCGAUGGAGCCGUUCACUGCCUCCUCUCUCAAGGUUCGUAAGAAUAACAGCCUUAAAGAUUUUGUCGCGGUGGCCGGUCCGCUCGGAGUUACCCACUUUCUGAUCUUCAGCAAAACGGAGACAAACGUCAACUUUAAAUUUGUCCGUUUGCCGAGAGGCCCCACGCUGCACUUCAGAGUGACUCAGUAUUCUCUGGUGAAGGACGUGGUCUCCUCCCUGAAGAAGCAUCGGAUGCACGAACAGCAGUUCACCUUCCCUCCGCUACUGGUUCUCAACAAUUUCGGAACACAGGGAAUGCAUGUGAAAGUCAUGGCCACCAUGUUCCAGAACAUGUUCCCCUCCAUCAAUGUGCACAAGGUGAACCUGAACACCAUUCGCAGAUGUAUCCUCAUCAACUACAACUCAGACUCGGAGCUGCUGGAGUUUAGACAUUACAGUGUGAAGGUGGUCCCAGUAGGAAUGAGCAAAGGGAUGAAGAAACUUCUCCAGGAGAAAUUCCCCAACAUGAGCCGCUGGGAGGACAUCAGCGAAUUACUGGUCAAAGGAGCCAACCUGUCAGAGAGCGAGGCCGAGCAGGACGGAGAACACAACAUCACAGAGCUGCCCCAGAUAUAUGCCGGACGUGGCAACAUGAAGGCCCAGCAGAGUGCCGUGCGUCUGACAGAGAUCGGUCCUCGGAUGACUCUCCAGUUGGUGAAGAUUGAGGAGGGAAUAAAUGACGGCAAAGUCUUACACCACACGUUUGUCCAGAAGACAGAGGAAGAGAUUAAGGCCAUGUUGGAUCGUAGAGAGAAGAAGCUGAAACUGAAGAGCGAGCGGAAGAAGAAACAGGAGCAGGAUGUCCAGCGCAAGACGGAGAUGAAAGAGGAUAAUAAGAAGCGCAGUUUGGCUGGAAUGAAAAGGAAACAACCAGAGGAUGGAGAAGAUGACGAUGAAGUGGAGGACCCUGGAGCACAAGAUCCGGCAGAAGUAUCUGAUGAUGACGAUGCCGAGUAUUACAGGCAGUCGGUCGGGGAGGAACCAGAUAAAGAUCUCUUACUUCAUGGCAGAAGGAAAUCCUUCGCACCAAGACAGAGGUCCGGACCUCCCCAAAAGAAGUUUAAAAAAUCGAAGGUGAAUCGGAGUGAGGAGUCCCCAUCCUCCAGUGGACAUCACAAAGCAAAAUUCCCCUUACACAAAGGAGCGAAGAGCCCCAAAGGACAAUCCUUCAGUCCUGGUAAAAAAGGACAAAGACCCUUUAAAAGCCCUGAGGGGGGAUUCCCAAAUAAACGGCCCAUUGGGAAGGGGAAGAAGCAACAGAUGGGAUCCAAGAAGCCCAGAGCGUUUGACUCGAAAGACGCCAAGAUGGGGAAAAAGGGCAAGUUUACUGGAGGACCUAAAACAGGGGGCAGAAAGGGCAAGUUUACUGGAGGACCUAAAACAGGGGGCAAAAAGGGCAAGUUUACUGGAGGACCUAAAACAGGGGGCAAAAAGGGCAAGUAUACUGGAGGACACAAAACGGGGGGUCCGAAGGGGAAAGCCUUCAGACAAAAGAAAAAGUCAUCAUGAGAGACGCCGCCAUGAAUGUCUCCUGUAAAUACUGUAUGUGUGAAGCUGCGUUGUACCAGGGUGCCUACAAAUAAAAUAUUUUUACCAUCCUCCUUGCCAACAGUCCCCAAGUCGGACUCAGAAGGGAUGGGAUUUUUGGCCUUGGGACAAUAUUGGUCUGAUCUGACAAUAUUUGCAAUGUACACACCUGAUAGAAUAUGAUUACAUCAUCAGAUACUACAUGUACCAAUAUAUAAUCUAGUGGUCAGGAUUAGUAGUGCAUGCUGGUAUUACCAUCGUAGUGAUAUGCUGGCCUUUUAUGCCCCUGAGUGCUGAUACCGGGCACAUCGCUCAUAUACUGUAAAUGUAUGCAUGCGGUGGUGGCAGAUUGCCAGGAGAUGAUGGUGCAGCAGUAGGCAUCUCAUUAGCGCCUCUGGUUCAUUUGAAGAGCUUAUCCAGGAUUAGAAAAGCAUAGCUGUCGUGUUUUUCCCGUUUUUAAAGGGGCUGUCCAGCAAAAAAAACAACCUGUGUAUGGGUUAAAGUAUAGUGAAGCAAUUUACUCAUAUGUAAUGUUAUUAGCCAUGCUGCACGGAUCUUCCCUCCUGAGCUGAGCUGUCUCGUUUCUAGCAGUUAAAGCGCUUCACAUUCUCUGAAAGUACAGCUUUUGUCCCUGCUCAUUAGAUUAAGGCAGCAGGAAGCCUUUCUCAGAUAAGACAACAGUAAUCCUGUUCGAAGGGAAACUACUAUGACUGAGCAAAGCCUCAUUCUGCCAUAUAUCGAAUGCGCAGUAAUAUGAGCUCCCCCUUUUCUUAUCAUUGGUCUCCUUCCGAGCAGACAGGAGGGGAGGGAGAAGCAGGGAUGGGAGAUUUACAUUCAGAGUGAUGUAAUAUCACAGCUACAAGCCAGAUAAACUCCCCCCUACUGAAAAGAAUGAUACCACUAAAAAAAUUGACAGUAUGAAAAAAAAAUACACAAAAAUACAGCUCUUAGAAAAUGCCACAAACAAGAUUUUUUAAUAUUUAAUUUUUUAUAUUUAAUAAACAAGGUAUCGUCAUAAUCCUACCAACUUGCAGAAUAAAAUUACCAUGUCAUUUUGAUAUGAGUAUUUUUUUUUUUUUUUUUAAUGGUGUUCACCAUUAAAAUAAAUAAAAAAAUACCCAUACCAAAAUUGCUGCUUUUUGGUAACCCUGCCUCACUAAAAAUGUAAUAAGUGAUCAAAAUGUUAGACGUACUUCAAAAUAAUACCGUUGAAUACUGCUACUUAUCCUGCAAAAAAAAGCCCUCACACAGCCCCAUUGGUGAAAAAAAAAAAAUAAUAAUAAUAAUAAAAAAGUUACAGCUCUAAGAAUAUGGUGACACUAGAAUUUAAUUUAAUUUUUUUUUAAAAUAAUUUUGGUGAUGCAAAUGUGAUAAACCAUAAAAAAGACAUAAAUUAGGUAUCGCCAUAAUCAUACCAAAUGGCAGACUAAAAAUAUGUAAUUUAUACUGCAUGAAGAAUAACAGUAAAAAAUGUAAUAAAAAAAUUGGCAGAACCGAUUUUUUUAUUUUUUA